CUAAAAUCUAGAAGCCAGUCCCGCACGGUGGCUUUUAAGCCCAAAUCAAUGCCCCUUUGAUUGAGAGAUCUGAAAUUUAGGACUCAAAAAGUUUGUUGCUGACCAAACGCGAAACUUUGAUUAAAAACGCGUUUGCGUUUUAAAAUUCUCCUGUGUUUGUGUAUGUGUGGAAAAUUAAUUUCUUCUCCCGACGAAUCCCAAAAGUUUGUUGAAAUUUGCCUCCAAGAAAUCUGCAAUUAGAAAUUUCAUUUCGCCGUCAUCGUCUUCUUCUUCUGAUUCUGAUUAAUUCCAGAUGUCUUCCUGAGUCUUACGGAGAUUAGGUCAUUUUCGCCUCGACUCGAACUCUGUCUCGCAGCUUCCGUGAGAGAGUCAUGGACACGCCACCGACUUCUCGUAUCGCAUCUUUUGGUCAGACGGAGAUUAACUGGGACAAGUACGUUCUUCAUUUUCCUCCUCAAUUUCCAUCGAUUGAUCCGCUUGUUUUCUAGUUUUGAUUGAUUCUCUGUGGCGUUGUUGUUAUUAGUCCGAACUUUGUUUAUUGUUGUUUCGAUCCAGUUUUUGUGAUUCUGUGAUUGGUUUCUUCGGUGGAUUUAUCGACAUGAAAUGGAUAUCGCUCGUUGUUUUGACGGAAUCAUUUCGUGGAGACUUGACAAAAGGAGGUUCUACAUUAAUGGAGCUGGCCUCUUCACUGGUGUUACAGUAGCUCUGUAUCCUGUAUCCGUUGUGAAAACAAGGCUUCAAGUUGCUUCUAAAGAGAUUGCUGAGAGAAGUGCCUUUUCUGUAGUUAAAGGAAUUUUAAAGAAUGAUGGUGUUCCUGGUCUGUACCGAGGUUUUGGUACUGUCAUUACAGGUGCUGUACCUGCAAGAAUCAUAUUUCUAACUGCUCUUGAGACCACUAAGAUUUCUGCUUUUAAGUUGGUUGCACCUUUGGAGUUAAGUGAACCUACACAAGCCGCCAUUGCAAAUGGAAUUGCUGGCAUGACAGCAUCUCUUUUCUCACAGGCUGUGUUUGUCCCAAUUGAUGUUGUUAGCCAAAAGUUGAUGGUACAAGGAUACUCAGGUCAUGCUACAUAUACUGGUGGUAUCGAUGUUGCCACAAAAAUCAUUAAGUCAUAUGGUGUAAGGGGAUUAUACAGAGGGUUUGGUCUGUCUGUUAUGACCUAUUCUCCUUCAAGUGCCGCUUGGUGGGCUAGCUAUGGAUCAAGCCAACGUGUUAUCUGGAGAUUCUUAGGUUAUGGUGGUGACUCGGAUGCAACUGCUGCUCCUAGUAAGUCAAAAAUUGUUAUGGUCCAGGCUGCUGGAGGAAUUAUUGCUGGUGCAACAGCAUCCUCAAUUACAACACCAUUAGACACAAUCAAAACGCGACUGCAGGUCAUGGGACAUCAAGAAAAUAGACCUUCAGCGAAACAAGUGGUGAAAAAACUGCUAGCAGAAGAUGGCUGGAAAGGAUUCUAUAGGGGUUUGGGCCCAAGAUUCUUUAGCAUGUCGGCUUGGGGAACCUCGAUGAUAUUGACUUACGAAUACUUAAAGCGUCUGUGUGCAAUAGAAGAUUAGAAAGCUUCACUACUGUUCGUUGGUUUUUCUCCUUCUACUAACUCGAGUAGACGGCAUCACCUUGAUUCAAAUCUCGGCUAUUGGGAGCUUCCAUGUUGACAAUUGGACCAUUCUUUCAACUUUGAAGUCUGAGUUCCGUUAUUGUAAUCAUUCUUUCAACUUAAUUUGCGUAUUGGAGUGUAUUCUUACAGCAGAAGAAAUUCUAGCUUACGUUCUUCUGCUUUAUGUAGCUUCUGAGAUUUAAGAAGCUUCAAAACAAUGCAAUCACUUCAUGAAAUCUUAUAGUCGUACGGAUGUACGUGUUAUCGUAACAGUCAAAAUUUGAGUUGUUGCAAAUGGCUUCUCAUUUGCAUAACUGUCUUCACAAAGU